UGCCUGACUGAGAGGCGGCGGCAGGCUAGGCAGUGAAAGUGUCGGGAGGGCGGCGUGGAUGGCAGGGUGAGCGUCAGUCAGUGCCGAGAGGGCGAGGUGAAAGGACGUGCUGCUCUUCUCUGCUAUAGUCACUCGGUCAGUCAGUCAGUCCAGCCCCACGCGUUGUUCACACUAGCUCAUCAACGCAGGAGCCGCCUUGAGUUCACUGCCCUACUGACGGUGCAGGUUGGCCACACGUUCCCUCCUCCUCUUACUUGCUCCUUAAGACACGAGUUUAUUUCCCUCGAGAAUUUGAACAUCACUUUUCUCUUCCGGGAAACUGAGCGACAUUUUGGCUCCCUCCAGAACGCCUUCGCUAGUCGGAUCCUGCUGCAGCUUCAGGCGAUUCUUGGUGGCCGUUAGUGCGGUACCGUUGCGAGGUCCUGAAGGAGGGGCCGCGGUGCCUCUAGGGUCAGGGACUUCACCAGUGUAGGCUGCAGCGUAGGAUGUUCUGAUCGCCUGCAGCAGAAAUGGCGAGACAAACAGUGCUAAGUCACCACCUGCAGUGCCUCCUGCCGAUCCUGCUGUGCCUGGGCCUGCCACCCGCAAGAGGCAGUCAUGUCGUUGAAUAUCCCAAACUUAACACCUUUACUGUUGGCGGAGACUAUAGCGAUCCGUUCAGCAAGGUGGUCGGCGCCAGCUGGGCCCAGGUGCCUGUGUACAUUCCUGGGAAUGCUGAAGGGGUGGAACCUGUGGCCCCCCAGGUGGUGGAGGCCACACCGGUACUGAUGGCCCGAGCAGUGGCCAGCUCUGCUCCCACCAAAGAGGCCGCUCCCAUUAAACCUUCCUCGAGUGGCGAGCUGCUCACCAAGACAGUGUAUGGCUUCCUGGACUUCACCACCACCGUGGCGGGCACAGUGAUGGUGUUCACGCCGCAGAGCACUGACGAGGAACCCAAAGCCACCACCUCCGUGGCAACCAUGUCACCGAGGAAGAGUCCGCCCAGUGAGCCCCGCGCCAGGCCGGCGCCCACCCCGACCCAACAGAAGUUGUCCGUCACAACCACGCCUCCUGCGGCACCAGAGAAGUUGAGUCCUCAUAGUUCUUCCGACCUUGAGUCUUCCUUCUUUGAGCCCACCACAACACUGGCGCUUGAGGAGCUGUUCUCCGCCACGCCCCGCGUGCCUGAGCCGCAGCCACAGACCAAGGCUCAGACGACAACACCAAAGCCAAAGCACACUCUACCAUCGAGUCGUCCCUUCGCCUUCCGCCAACGCAACAAGGGAGGCGAUUCCUCUACAGGAUCACGACGUCGCCUUGAUCUCAACUUUUUGACACGCAAAAAGACCACCACGGGUAGGCAGAGGACGGGCGGGUCCACCCUGGUGCCCAUCACGGUGGAGGGCACCGGCACUCUGACGGCGAUAGCCACGCGAGUCACUCCAGCGCCGCCACCGUCUCGCCUGCCGCUGUCUACGCCAUCUGAGGUGGUUGUGAGCGCCACGCAGGGUUUCGCCUCCCUCAGCGUCAUCGGCCCCUUUAGCACGGCAGUCAAUAACGAGCUGGGCCAAGUAAGUCAGCACUAUGACCUCCUGUCCAGCGAGGAGCCGCUGCAGGCACGCAGAACUUUCGACCUGGUUGAUCUGGAGGCCAACACGGCCAGUAGCUUCCCCACCGGCAUGGUGACCAAGUUGGGUGGCACCAUCGUGGCUGGCGGACACACCACCGUGCACGAGACCAGCGUCAUCGGCACCUACAUCGACGGCAAGUACGCGCAGGUCCUCAGGAGCACCUCGCGCAUCUUCCACAACACCCCGGCGCCGCCGUUGGUUGUGCCGUCCAGCCCCACCGUCUCGCCAGAGUACGAGACCGUCAAGUCUGUCAUCCAAGGCUCAGCGACGCAGUUCAUCACGCCCCAGGCCUCCGCCUCGCUACCCCUCGAGUCUCUCUUCUCGGAUCAGUCCAGCGGGAACCGUGACAGUCGCACCACUCAGGAUGACGAGUCCCGCAUCCAGGCCAGGCUGAGGUCAGCACUUUCCAAGAGGCGCGGUUCUCACGACUCUGCUCAGAGUCGUCCACGACAACACGACCCGUUUGUUGACGAAGAAGAGGAUCACGACCUGCAAAGAUCAGGCACCAACCUCCGUCCUUCUUUCAAGCUGUUUACAGAAACUUCAGUCAGAAAGACACCGGACGUUAGGACGUCAGUGCGGCGCGCUCAGGAGGUGAGCGUCCACUAUGCCCAGCAACAGCAGGAACCCCAGGCACGCACAUUCCGUCCGCGAUACAAGCCCUCAGCCACGCGGCGCUUCUCAGGCGGCAGACCCACCAGGCUGCGACCCCAAGCGUCUGGCCCCAAACGACCCACUCGUCCAGCCUCACGCUUCCGCCCAGCCGCCGCGCCACGCCCCAAGCCUACGGCACCACGGCGGAAUUUGUUUCCCGAAGAAGAGUAUGCACCACAGGAAACACCCGCCGAGCCUGAGUAUCAGCCGUCACCAGAAGAGGCCGCCGCCGCAGAAGCUGCUGGUGAGGAGACUGUUGGCAUCGUGACCACCACCAUUGCCAAUGAAGAAUACAACGCGGUGGUGGAGCUGGCCACUGUGCGCUCCCUCCACACCUUCCGCGUGGGCAACAAAAACACCCGCUUCGUCACCUUCACCAAGACCUUCACCCUCGACAUCCAGCCCACUGCCGCCCCAGAGCUGGACGCGUCCGCUGCUCCUGUCGACGACGAACUCUACGAGACACCUCUCUUUGAGAACAUUCUCGACAGCGGCUCCAGAGACGUGUCCACACUGCCGCCUAUUGAUCUUGGGGCCAGCGACAUCGCGGCUGUGCUGGAGACAGUGACCGAGACCUUCAGCACCACAGAGGUGAUGGAGAAGAUGUCCGUGCUGCCUGUGCUGCAGUCAGGCGGCACCACCUUCCACACUCUCACCCAGACAUACCACAUCACCCGCGUGGUCACGGCCUUCAAGACAAUGCCGCCCGUCCAGGCCUUCUCCUUCAUUCCUGAGAACUCCCUCAACGAGUUCAACGGCCAGCUGCUGGCCGAGGGAAGCGAGAACGAUGAGGCGCUGCUGCCCGGGGAGGUGGAGCUCGACCCCAAUGGCCAGGCGGUGGACCCAAGCCUCGCUGAGCUGGCCGGCGGGGAGUUCAACCCGGACGCCCUGGAGCAGCAGCUGCACCCCGAGCUGGCGGCGGCUCUGCAGCGUCAGCAGCAGCAACAAGCACCGCCGCAACAGCAAGCCAAACCUGCCGGCGGCGCGCCUCAGCUUCUAUCUGGCCAGCUGCCGGCGCCCGGCGAUCCCUCUGUGGCCACGCCUGGCCUUACACCAGAACAAGUGCAACAAUUGGCAUUCCUGCGCCUCCUCAACCCCUACAGCUUCGGUGGAUUCCCGCCCGUCAAUGGCGGCGCGCCCAGCACCACCGUCACCUCCACGCCCGUCACCAUCACCACCGACAUCACCACCACCUCCACCCAUGUUUUCCGCGUCAUCUUCAACGCGCGUCCCAUCAUGACUACCAUCAGCACCGUGGAGGUGGUGCACACCACCCUCACCACCUUCAGCACCUCCACCGUCACUCUCACGCCCAACCUUCCAGCCUUCCCAUUCGCCUUCCCCUCGCCCUUCCAGCUCGGCUGAGGCCUACUGCCCCGUCCCGCCCCGCCCCAGAGUGCUGGCCGCUCACCCUUCACACUAACCCAUGCUGCUCUCACACCUAACAGUGCUCACUACAUUUUGAAUCCACACACACACACACACACACACACACACACGGCUUAAUAUCAUAUCAUGUCAUACUCGUCUCCGCUCAAACCCUCGAUAUAACGAACGCACUAAAGUCUCUCCAAAGAUAACCUAAAACUGAACACCUCACCAACAAAGACUUCUUACCACACCCAAAGUUCCACCCCAGCAGGACUGUGGAUGCCGCGGCCCAGUGUUGCCAGAAAUUUAGUUCAUUUACACUUUAACUCUGCUCAUGGUCACAAUCUGAAACACUGAAGGUACUGAACUUGUAUUCUGUCACCGCCACCCUCUCUCAAUGAGCUGGCCACACACUAAACCUUCUCAUAACAUCCUUGGCAAUCUCUGACAAAUACAAUGCGUAAGAUCCACGAAAAGAAACGUCAAGAAGAGUCUUCACAACACUGGGCGCCACACACACCACCCAGCUGAUCGUCUCCCACACCCAGUACUCUUCCCUCAGCCCUCACCACCCACCUGCAGGCUCUGAUGCUCCUCCACGCCCACACCUCAUCCUCCACUCCUCCACCACGCUCCUGGGACACGUAGAAAGAUAAACGAAGCCAACAAACAGGAGUAAUACAGCGAUAACAUCCGGCAGUCACCCUCACACCAAAACAGUGACGGCCAUGAUGCACGUGGGAAGGAGUUGCUAUAUCCAGUUCAAGUAAUCGAUUGUAAUUCCUCUUUUUCUACUCCAUAUUGAUGUUUUAGUGCAACAGUGGAAUUAUUUUUUGUUGUUUUAUAUUUAUACUGUGCAAAAUAUCAAAUUGUUUACUUCGUGGGUCGAAUAUUUAGAGGUAUGUGGGUAAUUCUUUGUAGUGUAAUCCGGAUAAGGUUUUAGAUGCCAGAUACCUCCAUCCAGAAAUUCUAAAAGGUGUAAAUAUAAGGGAAAGCAAAUCUAUAUGUACAUAGUUGUAAAUAUUAUAUAAUAGAUAAGUCUCUUCCUUCAUCAUCCUUUGCUUUUCUUUAGGCUUGAAGGAUUAUCUUUUUAUACGGACGAAAUUAUACGUCUCUCUCUCUCUCUCUCUCUCUCUCUCUCUCUCUCUCUCUCUCUCCUUACAGUUCAUAUAUAUUUUUACACUCAGUAUAUGUGAAUGUUACGUGUGUGUCAGCGUCUUCUUCCGGAGUGAAUGUGAAUGCAGAGAUCUUGUAGCUUAGUAUACAAAUCAAUAAAUUCCGUGACUGUACUAUGAAUAAAUCUGAACAAAGGUGA